AUGGUCGGACACUCAGGCUAUCAGGGCGGGCGCAAGGCGUGGGGGGGACCUGGCGGGAGGGAGGAUGGCGGAGGGGGGAGAUCGAGAGGCAAUGGGCGCGGACUGGCGCUUGCGCGGUCUGUAGUGAUCGACCUGCUGGCGCGGAGCAAGGAGAGCGUGGAGGAGGUGGUGUCGCCGGUGCUGUCGCGAUUGACCGCUGCGACGCUGUGGGAUCAUAUCCUCCGGGAUUUAGAGCACAGAGGAAACAAAAGACGCGCGUACGAGGUCUUCGAGUACUUGCUCCUAGGGAAGGAGCACCACGGAGUGACCCUCUCCCCGCAGCUCUUCUCCACCGUUAUCACCAUGCUGGGCCGCGACGGGAAGCUGGCGCACGCGCGCGCGGCGUUCGACGCGAUGGCGACGCACGGCGUGGCGCGCGGCGUGCACGAGUUCACGUCGCUGCUGAGCGGGUACGCACGGCACGGGCUGAUCCGCGAGGCGGUGGACGUUCUGGCGCUGAUGAAGGAGGAGGGGUGCGAGCCGAACGUGGUGACGUACAACGCGCUCAUUCACGCGCACGCGAAGCAGGGCUCCGGAGUUGAUAAGGUGACGGCACUCUUUGAUGAGAUGACAGCGCGGGGAGUGGAGCCGGACGCGAUCACGUACAACACGCUCAUCAACGUGUGUGUGCGCUGCCGGGACGUGGAGCGAGCUCUCACCGUUUUCAACACCAUGCGCCAAGCUGGCUUCUCCCCCAACGUCAUCACGUACACCAGUCUCGUUGACGGGCUGGGCAAGGCGGGCAGGGUGAAAGAGGCCGCGGAGUUGUUCGAGGAGAUGAAGCACUGCGGGCAGGACCCCAACAGCCGCACGUACAACUCCCUCAUCCGCGCAUACGGCGAGGCAGGGCUGUAUGACGAGGCCACGAGCCUCUUCCAGGAGAUGGCGCGCGCAGGGUGCAUGCCUGAUGCAUUCACGUACAACACGAUGAUCAACUUCUAUGGCCGGGACGGGCAGGUGGACGCAGCAGAGGGCGUGCUGCAGCAGAUGCGCACGCAGGGGUGCAUCCCUGACAGGGUGACAUACAACACGCUUAUGGACGCAUACGCCAAGGCAGGCCACCCGGAGAAGGCACAGCACGUGCUGGCAGUGAUGCGCAGUGCGGGCGUGGCCCCGGACCUCUACACAUUCAACAUCCUGCUGGAAGCUGCUUCUAAGACCCGCACCAUUGAAGACGCAGAUAGGAUCUACGAGGAGAUCAGUCGCAGUGGGCUGAGGCCCAACCUGGUGACGUUCACAGCGAUGAUCAACGCGUAUGGUCGCAUGGGGCGCCACGAGGAGGCGCAGGAGGUGUGGCGGGAGAUGCGAGCGGCGGGCUGUGUGCCGGGCGGGCAGGCGUACACAGGGCUCAUCAAUGCUUAUGCCCGCCAUGGGAUGUAUGAGGAGGCCCAGCGAGUGUUUGACGAGGCGUGCCGGGUGGGAAUAGACCCGGACGUGCGCACGUACACGCAGCUCAUGGACGCAUACGGCCGCGCCGGCCAGUACCGCCGCGCCGAGUCGCUGCUCUCCCUCAUGCAGCGCGCCGGCUUCGUUCCCGAUGCGCUCGCUUACGCCGUGCUCGUCCGCGCGUUCGCCGUGGCUGAUCGAUUCGAGCUGGCCCUGGGUUACUUUGAGCAUGUGUUGAGGGAUGCGAACCCGGAGAGUCCCCUGUGCCAGCAGCUUAUAUCGGACUUUGGGUCGCUUUAUACCGCGUAUACAGGCAAGAAACUGGAUGUGGUGCAGAAAAGUGGCUCAGCUGGCGGCAGCGGUGGUGUAAACGGGGGUGGGUUGUCAGUGCAGAGUAUAGGCAGCAGUGGCGGUGGGAUAGGAGCAGGUGUUGGGAGUGUGGCAAGGCCGGUGCUCCCUGAAGGGGGUGGGUUGGGAAGAGGAUGA